GUUUGCAAGGUGUUUCACAACCUAAUGUCAUUGCAGUCCUUGCAACAGCCCUGCCAGUGGCCACCAAUGUCCCCAUUCCACACGCAAGCAAGUGGAGGCUCCGCAAAGGAGCCUGCUGCUCCCUGGUCAGCGCAGCUGCUGCUGGAUUAGAACUUAUAUCCCUGAGGCAGCUCCUGGCUCCUCCCCGGCCGCCCCUCCUCCACGCGCCUCUGGCUGUGCUGGCCAGGAGCCUCACCGAGGCCACAGAUCUCGGCUUGGCCUCUUUCCUCUUCUGCUGUGGGUCUUGAGCACGUGGAGCCAGGCCUCCACCGUGGCGGCGCCGCUGACUGUGGGCACAGCCCCCCGAACCCUAAGCAGGCACCAUGGACUGGAAGAAGCUCCAAGACCUAUUGAGCGGCGUGAACCAGUACUCCACGGCAUUCGGGCGCAUCUGGCUGUCAGUAGUGUUCGUCUUCCGGGUGCUGGUGUAUGUGGUGGCCGCAGAGCGUGUGUGGGGUGACGAACAAAAAGACUUUGACUGUAACACCAGGCAGCCCGGUUGUACCAACGUGUGCUAUGACAACUUCUUCCCCAUCUCCAACAUCCGCCUCUGGGCCCUGCAGCUCAUCUUCGUCACGUGUCCGUCUAUGCUGGUCAUCCUGCAUGUAGCUUACCGCGAGGAGCGAGAACGGAAGCAUCGCCAGAAGCACGGGGAGCAGUGCGCCAAACUGUACAGCCACCCGGGCAAGAAGCACGGUGGCCUGUGGUGGACCUACCUGUUUAGCCUCAUCUUCAAGCUCAUCAUUGAACUGGUCUUCCUGUAUGUUCUACACACGCUCUGGCAUGGCUUCACUAUGCCACGUCUGGUACAGUGUGCCAGCGUGGUACCCUGCCCAAACACUGUGGAUUGCUACAUCGCUCGGCCCACGGAGAAGAAGGUCUUUACCUACUUCAUGGUCGGCGCUUCUGCCGUCUGCAUUAUUCUCACCAUCUGUGAGAUCUGCUACCUCAUCUUCCACAGGAUUAUGCGAGGCCUGAGCAAGGGCAAAUCUACGAAGAGCAUCAGUUCCCCAAAGCCCUCCAGCCGGGCCUCCACCUGUCGCUGUCACCACAAGCUGCUGGAGAGUGGCGAUCUGGAAGCCGAUGAAAAGCUGCAGGCUUCAGCACCCAGCCUGACCCCCAUUUGAACCACACUCUGGAGAAGGGGUGAAUCUGAGAGGUGCUGCAGGUGGAGGGGUCCUGGGGGUGCUGAGUGUCCCCACUUGGAAUUCACUAAGCUAGCCAAUUCUGUUUGAAGCAGAUUUUUGUGGGUUCUGGGCUCUGUGCUGGAUACCUGGUACAGGUAACAUGGCAGACCCAGCUUCAGAGAGACAUUUAGAUUAGCAAAUUAACUGCAUGCAUGCAAGGGUCUACUUAGCACCGGGCUGGUAAACAGGGCUUCUACCCACCCCAGGGGACUGCCAGGCCAGGCAUCCUCUCAGAAAAGCACAGUGAAAAAAAAAUGCAGCUCUCCAACAGACAUAGCAACAGCAAAAAGAACUGAGGUCUCAGAGGAGAGGUGCUGGCUCUGGACUGGGGACAGCCAGCUAGAGGGAGGCUUUACCACUCAACCAUGAGAAGCUGCACAGGUUCCUAGGUGGAAUCUUCUGGAGGCCAAAGAGCGAGUGUGGGAAAUGGUAGCAGGCCUUGUCAUGUCAACUGCUGCUUGAGAGACACCCACGUGUCCCUUUGGAUCCCCCUUCAUCGACCUUUAGGCAGCAAUAUUCUUCUCCCUCCCACCAGGGUGCUGAGCCCGCUGCACCCUAUGGCCAGGACCUUGGCAGCAUGCAUAUCCUGUCAUAUCCCCAGCAUAUAUCCUUGAUAUAUCCAAGCCUGUUUCCUUAAAAGCAAUAAAGUUGUGUUUUAUAC